GAGAAUGAAUUUGGGUCUAGUUACUGACCCUGAGCACUCCUCCCCCAGGAUCUGCUGCCUUUCUGUGCAGCUGUGCCCUCCCCUUGUUUUGCCUCCCUGCACUGUUCAAUGUCAGAUAGCCAUCGAUUUCCUUUCCCCAGUUACAGCCCUGUUGGUGUCAGCAGCAGGGAAACCUGAGCUGAGCUUCUCAUGAAGGUGCCAGCCAAGCCACCACAGUGCUGCCAGGAGUCUGGCCCUGAGCACGAGGGUGUCACAGAGCCCGUGGGUGCAGGGGACCCUGCAGUUUGUGGACUGGGCACUGCCCCUGGCGAAGGACAGAAGCCAUAUGGAGUGGGGAGGUACUUAACUGAAGGGGCACAGGGACAUGUUUUCACCGGUUUGGGUGGCUGUGGCUUGCCCUCCCUGUAGCUGCUGUAGCCCUGGUACAGUAACACAAGGCAGCACUGUGUCACUGUCAGGGCUGCUCAGCAUCUUGGGGUACAAAAAUGCUUUUGGAAACACAGAUCUCCUCCUGGUGUAAUCCCUCCCAUUUAGGUUCCUCCUUUGAAGUGUAACUUUAGCUGUUAAUACAGUAAAUGUUGGGAUAUGUAAGUACAGGCACGUCCAAAUACUGUCAGUAAGGCCCAGGGUGGAGCUGUGCGGUUGCUCCACAGGGAAUACGGCUCCCAGGGUUGCUUGGGAUUGGCUCUGGUCCCAUUGGAAACGGUUCAGGCAGCUGAAAUCCCCCUCUUGAAUGCCCCUCAAGUGUGUUCAGGCUCCACAGUGAGCACAGGCAGCUGUCUGGACAGGAACAGGAGCUGCCAGGAGGCUCCUGUCACCUGAAACAUCCCUUUCCAUACCUGUAAUCCGUUCGGAUCAGGUUCAUUUGGUACUUUUCAAUUAACUAUGCUAAAACUAUCCAUGGAACAGAUUGUCUAAUUGUCCUGAAACAUCAAAACAUCUGUCAGGUGCCCUCCUGGGAGCUGCCCAGGGCAUGCAGGACGUUUGGAGGUGGAGGGUAAUGUUGGGGAGCAGCAGGUACCUCUGCCUGCCCUUGCACUCCUAAAUAGUCAAAGGAUUCCUAACAGGGGACUGGUCUAAUCUGGUACUAAAUUUGUUAAUAUGCUAGUGGUUGCUUAAGGGGUGGAAAUGGUAAAAUUAAGAGUAUCGUUUAAUGAAAAUGAUCUGUAUUUGCAUAUAUGUGUAUAUAUAUCAGUCACUGUCCACAGGUUUUGGCGAGGUUCUAUAUGGGACUGGGAUGUAGGAGCUUGUGAUUUGAGGUGCAAAACUUUUUACUGAGAUCAGGGAAUAUGGAUUGAAGCAGGGAAAGAACCUAAGGGAAUCCUAGCCCCUGCAGCCAUCAGAGCUGUACUAGGAGAACACUUAAGAACUAUUUCUAAGUUUGUACAGCCCUUCUAUGGUGCUGGGUGACCUGGCAGAGUUUGAGCUGGUACCUGACAACAUCUGCCUGUCAAGGGCCUGGGAAAAGGUGUGCAUGGACCAAGAUAAGGCGUGGGGGUUCAAUUUGAGGGACAGAAUCCCUUUGCUGGAGACCAAGGACUAUGGAUUGGGGCAAGGAACCAAGGAGAGUGGCAGCCCUGCCACCAUCAGAGCUUCCCACGUCAUUGUACUGCAGUGACUUAGGGACACUUGGUUUGUCACUGAUGUGGAAAAGGGGCUGCCCUGUAGCUGUGCCUCAGUGAUGUGCUGCCUCACCAUGUCCAGGGUCAGGGACACAUUUCCUUUUCACGUGUAAGGUACAGCUCAGGCCAGCCUGGCUCUCUGUGACCCAGGGUGGUCAUGGAGCUGAUCUGUUCCCAACCUAGAGCAGCAAAGCUUCCUGCCCAACCUGCGGGACAAAGCCUGGCUGUCCCCCACCACCAAGACACUGAGGCAAGAGAAGGGUAACCCUGGGCUGUCUGGUCAGGGAUUCCCCCAAAACCUGCAUCCAUGCAAUCCUUCAGCUCCCUGCCGGGGGAGUGGGACCAGAGGGCUUGGCAUGCCAGAGCCACACAGACCUAAAUUCCCCUUGCGAGAAACCCGGCAGCAGCACCUUUUCCCACUCUGGGAAUGUGGCCCUCCCAGAAGGUGAAGCAGUGGUGGGGCAGUGCUGUGCAAGGAGGGUGAUGGAACCUCUCUGGUGAUGCCCAGAAGCAGGGCAGUGUUAGAUGUGACAGAGCUCCUCCACACACCCAUGAAGGCUGAGACAACAGCAGAAGCUCAGAUCACACCCUGCUGGGCUCCUCCCAGGUUGAUUCCAGAGGCCAUCACAGGCCCAUCUGUACAACCUCAGAGUAGGGACAGAUGAUGGCAGGUGGGUCACCAAGCCAAGAACCCCUGAGCACUGCCCAGGCCCCUCCAGGGGUUGUCCCAGCAGAGCCUCAGCCUCGGUGCCCAGGUCUGACGUGUCACUGUGAGCCAUGGGGAGAAACUGUAGAUCUUUCAGACUGAGGAGGCUGCUGGCAGGGGCUGGGAUGUGUUAUGGGGUGCAGAGGAAAAGCAGUUUGGGAUUGCACAGGACUUCAUGGGAGACACUGAAUGUAGGAUAAGAGAGCAUUCGGUCAUUUGGGGAAGACCAAGAGUGGAAGUACAGGGUUAAGGGGAUGAAAGGGGUCAGUUGUGUAUGGUUAGGCAGCUGGUCAGUGUGUUUAGCCAUGCCCUGCCCAUUGCAACCUGUCCUGGGUGGACAGCAGCUGGAGUGGGACUGUGGUCUCAGGGGCUUGUAUGUCCCUGACAGACUGAGGGCCUAAACAUGCCUGUAGGAUCCACCUUUAACGUGUAUUUUCAUCAGUAGACUUCCAUCCUGUCAAGCCAGUGACAGGAGGAGGAUGAGGCUGUGGUUGUGGCCAGGUUCAUGUGAGUGCUCCUCUGAUCUGUGUGGCCAGGCAUGUGUGUAUCCAUACCUGUGGUGGGUACGUGUGCUCUGUGCCUGCUGGGCACACACCUCCAGCCUCGCACUGGAACUGGAGUCAUGGAGUAGCCACCCUUGGACUGUUGUGUCCAGGUGGUGUCUUCUCCUUUAGCACAUAGCAGACAGGUUUGUCAGGUACUUCAGAUAUUUUCCUACCAUCAGCAUCUAACGUACUUAUGGCUUUUUUCCAUUUUUAUAGGAAAAACCAUCGCCCUGAUCCAGACACUGAAACUUGUCAACUGAUGGGACAAAGAACUGAGACACUUGGCUGUUCUAGGACACUAAAACAUAGGGUUUAGACAAAGAAUAUUUUCCCCCCGUGGAGGCUUACACCUGCCAAACCCUGUAGCAGUCUUGGGAGGCUUUUCUAUCCCUCUUCUCUAUUUCCAGAUUUUCACACAUCAUGGUUCAUCAUGCCUAGUGGCAUAUAAAAAGACUCCACCUCCUGUCCCACCGCGGACCACAUCAAAGCCGUUCAUCUCUGUCACUGUGCAGAGCAGCACUGAGUCGGCCCAGGACACCUACCUGGACAGCCAGGACCACAAGAGUGAGGUGACCAGCCAGUCAGGGCUCAGCAAUUCCUCGGACAGCUUGGACAGCACCAGGACACCCAGUGUGACGAGGGGGAGCGUCGUGACUCCAGCCAGAGACACUCCAGAGUUACCUCAGAAAAAUGCAACUUUGAAAAGUGACAAAGGGACUCUGACUAGCGAAGAGCCUAAAGUGGAGAAUAUCCCCAAAAGAAAGCUGUCGUCUAUAGGCAUACAAGUUGACUGCCUUCAGCCAGUGGCAAAAGAGGAGCCUCCUCCACCAGCCACCAAAUUCCAGUCCAUCGGGGUACAGGUAGAGGACGAGUGGCGAAACAGCCACUCUCGCAGCAUGUCCUCCAAACAGGACACAGACUCUGACACACAGGAGCCCAAUAACUCCAACUGUAAAUCAUCUGAGAGAAGCCUCGCUGAGUGCCCCCAGCACAACUCCAUUGGUGUUGAUGCUGCCACCAGGCAACCAGCCAAGCCCUCACAGAUUAAGAGAAACCUCUCCUAUGGAGAAAACAAUGACCCGGCCCUGGAGCCUUCUUCCCUUCCUCCUCCUGACCCCUGGCUCGAGACCUCCACGUCGCCAUCGGAGCCCGCGCAGCCCGGAGCCUGCCGGCGGGACGGGUUCUGGUUCCUGAAGCUGCUGCAGGCAGAGACAGAGCGCUUGGAAGGCUGGUGCCGUCAGAUGGACCAGGAGACCAAAGAGAACAAUCUCUCUGAGGAAGUCUUAGGAAAAGUCCUGAGUGCAGUGGGCAGUGCACAAUUACUAAUGUCACAGAAGUUUCAGCAAUUCCAUGGCCUCUGUGAGCAAAACUUGAACCCUAAUGCCAAUCCCAGACCCACAGCCCAGGAUUUGGCUGGAUUUUGGGAUCUCCUUCAGUUGUCCAUUGAAGACAUCAGCAUGAAGUUUGAUGAGCUGUACCACCUGAAAGCGAAUAGCUGGCAAUUGGCAGAGACACCAGAGAGAAAGGAAGAGAAGAAACCACCUCCUCCAGUGCCAAAGAAGCCAGCCAAGUCCAAAUCGCAGCUGAACCGGGACAAAGGCUCCGACUCGGACAAGCAGCGGCAGGAGGCGCGGAAGCGGCUGAUGGCGGCCAAGCGCGCGGCCUCGGUGCGGCAGAACUCGGCCACCGAGAGCGCCGACAGCAUCGAGAUCUACGUCCCCGAGGCACAGACCCGCCUCUGAGCCACGGGCGGAGCACGGCACCGGGUGGGUUUUAUAAGUCAUUAAAAAGGAAAAAAAGGUUCUCUUGAAACUAGUGUGAUUUAUUCAGUAUAGAGACAAUGAGCCAUCCUUGAAAAGGGCUCCUGAGUUGGCUUUUUUCUCUCAGCUUUAAGUAAUGAAGAUUUUAAAAAAAAGAAAAAAAAAAACAAAGAAAAAAAAAAAAGAAAAGAAAAAAAUGCCCCUCGUUUUCUCCCUGGCUGUGGUGUCGCUGAACGGACUGGACAGACUCCUGGGAACUCCAGCCCCUCGACUUGGAACUUCAGUCUUUUUACUUGUUCUAUCUCAUGAAAAUUAUUAGCUUGUUUACAAGAAGAGGACAAGGAAACAUGAAGCCUUGAGCACUUGCCAUGCUGUAUUCUUCCUCCUCCUUAAAUCUGUUUUGCCCUUCUCAUCCUUUAUUUUUCCUUCCCCCUGCUCCCUUUCUCCCACCCUUUGCAUGGCUUCAGUUCCCGUGUUCCAAACCCCCCUCCCUGCAGAGAACACCUGUUGGUGUGUACUCCUGCUGCACUCUGCCAGCCAGCAGCCUUCCUCGGGGUUUGUGUUCCUUGGGAUGGGAUAUUGGGGUGGGCAAGGACUGGGGGCGGGGGGUUGUAUCCUCUGUUUGUGGGAGGGAGAAGAUGCUGGGGCCUGUAGAAUGUACAGAGGGGUUGAAAUGCAGCCCAGAAGCAAACGUGCAAUAACCUGGCAAAGGGGGAAGGGACAGUGAGCAACUGAUCCUGAGAGCUGGACCUUCCUCCAGGCAUAGGAGCGGAGCUGAAGGACCACAGAGCACGAGCCACAUCACUUUGAUUUUUCUCCUCAUCCCUUUCCCAAGUUACUUCCCUUGAAUUGCUUGUUGAGAAAGAAGCUGCUGCACUGGGGGACCUGUUAGAGUGGGUGGGGCCGGGGGAGCGCAGGGGAGCAUCCUGGUGCUGGGGUGGGUGGUCUGUGUGUGUACAGAGAGGGGGGCAGGGGCGGCCACCGGCCUGUACGAUGUGUACAUAUGCACAUAUACACUUAGUAGUACCUGUAUAGUAAUUCCUACACACGUAUACCUGCCCAUGCACACCAUGCAGGUGGGACUCACCUGGGUGAGGGUGGGCAGAUGUAUAGCAUAUAUUUUUACAUGUACUAUAUCUAGAUGUGUGUAAAAGUGUGUGUAAAAAUAUAUACCCUGUGUGUAAGCAGAUGACUAUUUUUCCUUAUCUCCCUGCUCUCUGGGUAGAGGAAGGAUUGCUAAAUAUUUUUUAGCCCGUUUUUCCCUUUGUAAGUCUCCUUUUCUGGCUUCUCGGAGCCAGAGCUGCCACUACGCGAUUCUUUGCCACCCCCUCCCACUAAAGGUUUUUGUCCCAUCCUGAGGGAUCUUGCUGGGGAUUUUUUUUCUUCACAUGUUUGAACAAGUUGGGAGAUUGUAUGCUACUGUCAUGGGGGUGGAGGUGGAAUCCCAGAGGUUUCAGUGAGAGUGUUGGUGAUCCAGAAGGCAAAAAAUAAAUAAAAGUGAAAUCCUGAA